AUACCUUCUAAGACCCGAAAAUGGAAGCUUCUAGCGGCACUGUUACAAAAUAAAAGAGCGGGACAAACAAAACAUUUUGGAAACUCUUCAUAAUCUUCUAAUCCCUUAAGGAAACAACGCCAAUUCGAAGAAGAAGAAGUGAAUAACCGAAUAGAAACAACGUCACAUGAUGUCUCUGUCUCUCUUAUUCCCUCCCAAUCCAAACCCUUUCUCUUCAUUCUCUCAUCUUCAUUUGAAGAAGCGAGUGGCAUUUGGGCUUCGGAGAAAGGCACAGUUUGUGGUGAGUGCCGGUCCUAAGAAGAUUUUGUUCGGUAAAGAAUGCAGAGAGGCUUUACAAGUUGGAAUUGAUAAACUCGCCGAUGCUGUCUCUCUUACCGUUGGCCCCAAAGGACGUAAUGUGAUUCUUUCUGAAUCUGAAAAACUUAAAGUGAUCAAUGAUGGUGUUACAAUUGCUCAGUCCAUUGAGCUUCCUGAUGCAAUUGAGAAUGCAGGUGCCAUGCUAAUUCAAGAGGUUGCAAGUAAAAUGAAUGACUUGGCUGGUGAUGGUACUAGCACAGCAAUUAUUUUGGCUCGAGCCAUGAUUAAAUCUGGACUAUUAGCAGUUGCUUUUGGGGCUAAUCCUAUUUCUUUGAAGAAGGGAAUGGAUAAGACUGUGAAGAAUUUGGUCGAGUUCUUGAAGAAGAGAAGUGUUCCAGUUGAAGGAAGGGAUCAUAUUAAAGCUGUAGCCUCAAUUUCUGCUGGAAAUGAUGAAUAUGUUGGUAACUUGAUUGCUGAAGCUAUGGAGAAGAUUGGUUCUGAUGGGGUGAUCUCUAUUGAGUCUUCCCCUACGUCUGAAACCUCUGUGAUAAUUGAAGAAGGGAUGAAGAUUGACAAGGGUUACAUGUCUCCUCACUUCAUUACAAACCAGGAGAAGUCCAUUGUAGAGUUUGACUGGGCUAAAGUUUUGGUAACUGAUCAAAAGAUUUCGAAUGUCAAAGAAAUAGUUCCUUUGCUGGAAAAGGCUAUGCAGUUGAGUGCCCCACUCUUAAUUAUUGCAGAGGAUAUCACUGGACAGGUGUUGGAAACAUUAGUAGUGAACAAAAUGAAAGGAUUACUAAGAGUUGCAGUUGUAAAAUGUCCUGGAUUUGGAGGUGCAAAGAAAGCUUUGUUACAAGAUAUUGCACUUAUGACGGGUGCUGACUUUUUUUCUGGAGACCUGGGUCUUACACUUGAAGGUGCAACAUCAGACCAGCUUGGCACUGCACUGAAAGUGACAAUAACCAGUAAUGCAACAACUAUAAUUGCAGAUCCUAGCACUAAGGCUGAAAUUCAGGCUAGAAUUUCACAGAUUAAGAAGGAUAUAAUUGAAACAGAUAACGCAUACCUGUCGAGAAAGCUCUCAGAGAGAAUUGCAAAACUCACUGGUGGUGUAGCUGUUAUAAAGGUAGGCGCACAUACUGAGCUAGAACUUGAAGAUAGAAAACUUAGAAUUGAGGAUGCCAAGAAUGCAACAUUUGCUGCCAUAAGUGAGGGAAUUGUUCCUGGAGGAGGUGCCACGUAUGUCCACCUGUUGGACUUGAUACCUCCAAUAAGGAACUCCAUGGAAGACCUAGAUGAGCAAAUUGGUGCUGAUAUUGUAGCAAAGGCACUCCUUGAACCUGCAAAAUCAAUUGCAACUAAUGCGGGAAUUGAUGGAGACAUUGUUGUCCAGAAGACUAGACAAUAUGAUUGGCGAACUGGAUAUAAUGCAAUGAGUGGCAUAUAUGAAGAUCUUUUGAAUGCUGGAGUAGCAGAUCCAUGUCGAGUUGCAAGAUGUGCCCUUCAAAGUGCAGUUUCUGUUGCUGGUGUGGUUCUAACUACUGAAGCUAUAUUGGUGGAUAAAAUAAAGAAACCCGAGCCACCUGUGCCCUUGGUCCCUGGCAUAACUCCCUAAGAUGCAGAAAACAAUUCAAAUUUUGAGAGCACAUUUUAAGUCUUAAUUGGAUGAAUCAAAGCUUGUGAAUGUCACUUGGGUUGGCUAAUACUCUGGCAGCAAUAAAAAUGCUCGUUUCAAGAAUGGGAAGGUCAGAGGUUACUGCUUCUUACUCUUAUGAAUUGAUGAAACCCAUGUGUCAUGAAGCGAUUGAAACAAUUAGACAAAUGAAGUUCAAAUGCAUUCCACAGGUAUUGAUUAGUGUUAGGCUUAUUUCUCCAUUUUGUCGAUUCCUUUUAUAGCAACACCAUAGUUGGAUAAUAGUUUUGUUCAAAAAAACCUGUAAUAUCAUAUUCUCUAAAGAUUGUUGAUAACUCGAAUUUGGAUGAAAGUAGUGACCUCGUGUCAUGAGAUCUGCUUAUGCAGUUACUUUGUUCUCUUCAUAAACUAUAUGCUUCAAAG